CAUUACUUAACGUGUUUCAGUGGAACGAUAGCAGUGCCCUUUCUGCUCGCUGAUGCCAUGUGUGUUGGAUUUGACCAGUGGGCCACCAGCCAGUUGAUCGGGACCAUUUUCUUCUGCGUGGGCAUCACUACGUUGUUACAGACAACCUUUGGGUGCAGGUUACCCUUGUUCCAAGCGAGUGCUUUCGCGUUCUUGGCGCCUGCCAGAGCGAUACUCUCCCUGGAGAAGUGGAAAUGUAAUAAUACAGAUAUAACAGUUACAAACGGAACAACAGAGCUGCUUCACACUGAGCACAUCUGGUACCCCAGAAUACGAGAGAUCCAAGGUGCUAUUAUCAUGUCCUCCUUGAUAGAAGUGGUCAUCGGUUUGCUUGGCCUUCCCGGCGCCCUGCUGCGCUACAUUGGACCUCUGACCAUCACGCCAACCGUCGCUCUCAUCGGCCUCUCCGGUUUCCAAGCUGCUGGCGAAAGAGCGGGCAAACACUGGGGUAUCGCGAUGUUGACUAUUUUCCUGGUAUUGCUGUUUUCUCAAUAUGCCAGGAAUGUCAAAUUUCCCUUGCCCAUUUACAAAUCGAAGAAAGGUUGGACAGCGUACAGGCUGCAGCUUUUCAAGAUGUUCCCUAUCAUUUUAGCUAUUUUGGUGUCCUGGUUGCUUUGCUUCAUCUUCACCGUCACCGACGUCUUUCCCCCUGACAGUUCCAAGUACGGCUUCUACGCUCGCACGGACGCCCGGCGAGGAGUGCUCUUGGUAGCUCCGUGGUUCAAGGUCCCUUAUCCUUUUCAGUGGGGACUCCCGACCAUUUCAGCCGCUGGAGUCAUAGGAAUGCUCAGCGCCGUCGUUGCCAGCAUUAUUGAAUCCAUAGGAGAUUACUACGCCUGUGCCAGGUUGUCUUGCGCUCCUCCUCCACCUAUUCAUGCAAUAAACAGAGGGAUUUUCAUUGAGGGUCUCUCCUGUGUUCUGGAUGGAGUAUUUGGGACAGGGAAUGGCUCCACUUCUUCCAGCCCUAACAUCGGUGUCUUGGGCAUCACGAAGGUCGGCAGCCGCAGGGUUAUCCAGUACGGCGCAGCCUUCAUGCUCCUCCUCGGGAUGGUGGGGAAGUUCAGCGCUCUCUUUGCAUCGCUGCCCGACCCCGUGCUCGGAGCCCUCUUCUGCACCCUCUUUGGGAUGAUCACAGCCGUGGGUCUGUCUAACCUCCAGUUCAUAGAUCUGAAUUCCUCUCGUAACCUGUUUGUACUUGGAUUUUCCAUUUUCUUUGGACUCGUCCUUCCAAGCUAUCUCAAACAAAACCCACUGGUCACAGGAAUCGCAGGCAUCGAUCAAGUGUUAAACGUUCUCCUCACCACAGCCAUGUUUGUCGGGGGCUGCGUGGCGUUUAUUUUGGAUAACACCAUUCCAGGAAGCCCUGAAGAAAGGGGAAUACGGAAGUGGAAGAAAGGGGUCGGUAAAGGAAGCAAGUCCCUGGAUGGCAUGGAGACGUAUGAUCUGCCUUUUGGCAUGAACUUGAUUAAGAAAUACAGGUGUUUCAGCUUCCUGCCCAUCAGCCCCACCUUCAUGGGCUACACGUGGAAAGGCUUCAGGAAAAGCAGCAGCUGCAGGAGUUCAGAUGAAGACUCGGAAGCUACAGUAUAGCCUUAGCUGAAAUUAUAUCCUCUAGUUGUAGUAAAAGAUGUAUUUGCAGUUUCUUGCUGAUUUAAGAAGCAUUAAAAUAUAUGUUUUGUAUAUCUGCAUUGAAAUUCUGGAACCAGAGCUGAGACGGAU